CAUGGGGAACGAAAAAUGGCAGUUAAACUAACUGUGCAGCUCUUGUCAAGAGAAGCCUCUGAAACUUCAUUACCUAUAUUAUAUCAAACGAUGGAGCUGUAUUCUUGUCUUAUUAAUGGAAUCAAUUUGGAGGAAAUGAAAAAGCCAAGUGAUUGGCCCCAGAAGCAAACAGACAAUUACAGCGACGAAAAUAGAAAUCAAAACAGCUCAAGUUGUGAUAGUGGUGUAGAUUCUAUUGCUGGUCGAAAAGUUAACAAUUGGGAAGAUAGUACAAAUAAUGUAAACGGAGUACAACCUGACAUGAAAUCUUUAGUUAACACAGAAGAUGGGAGUGACUUGAGCCAAUUAUCCCCAGUGUUAACUUGCAUCCGCACUUUGAACGGAUCUGGAUUUAUACUAGAAGAGGAACGAACUAAAUGUGUAAAAAGUUUAUGCCUAAGUAAAUUGAAGAAUGAAGUGGAAAUAUCCAGAAAGGAUGGAUUUUUGUUUGCAGUUUCUCUACGUGAUGGAGCUUGCCUUUUCACCUCUGCAGCCAUCACUGAUCAUUUGGGCUAUCCAAAAGAUAUGCUUAUGGGACAGAGUUUCAUAAAUUUUAUGUACGAUAAAGACCACUUGACUUUUGCUAAUCAUCUAACACAAGGACUGAAUGUAUGUUUUACUCAAGGGAAACGAGAUGAUUCUCAUCUUGUUUUGAAUACCUUUUUCUGUCGAAUGAGAGUAUACCAAGGAUUGAAGUUCGGAUAUUCUGUUGGUUCCAAGCCCCAAUAUAAACCAUUCAAAAUUAUUUUACACAUUAAUGAAUUGGUCUUAGAUGAUAUUUGUGUUGAGAAACCAUUAGCUACAUUAUGCGUGAAGGCAACAGCAACUCAAGUUUCAUCUGCUUAUUCUGUUCCCAAAGAAAUUCCUGCAAUGACUUCAUUUUCUACUCGUCAUACAGCAUCUUGUCAUUUCAGCCAUGUUGAUGCUAGUGCAAUUCCUUACCUUGGAUUUCUUCCACAAGAUAUGGUUGGAUAUUCAGUAUUCGAUUUUUAUCAUAUUGAUGAUAUGCCUCAACUCAAAGAAAUAUAUGAAUUAGUCAUUAAAGAACAUGGAACGUCCUUUCGUAGCAAACCAUAUCGAUUCAAAGUUCAUAACGGAUGUUAUAUCAUGCUUGAAACAGAAUGGUCCUGCUUUAUUAAUCCAUGGUCACAUAAGUUAGAAUUUGUUGUUGGGCAACAUCGAGUUCUGAAGGGCCCAUCAGAUAUUAACAUUUUUACGCCUUGUGAAAUCUCAGAGACCAAUGCUUCUGAUGAAAUCAUCAAAGAAAGUCAAGCUAUACAGAAAGAAAUCAAAGUUAUACUGUCUCAGUCUUUGGAAAAUUUCCAAUUCAAGAAAAAUAAAAGGCUUUGUAACAAAAGGAAACGAGAUUUGGUUUCUUUUGUCUACAGCUGCAUUGAUAAAGCGAAUGUGAAUGGUGAUAAAUUUGAAGUUAUGGAAGAACGUGGAAGUCAUACAGAUCCUGAUAGUGUGGUUAUGGGAGAUAUUUCACCAUUUCGAGAAAUGAAUGACUCUAGUGUCUCUUCCCCACCAACUGUGCAACAAAUGCGAUAUCAAGAAAACAUUGAACGAUUUUUUGCUAGUCAACCUAAAACUUAUUCAGAUGGCUCUGAUGAUUUUAAAAAUGAUAAAAGCUCGAGUGUCGAAGAGUAUCAAGGUAGCAGUUCUGGCUCUGGAAAUGGUUCAGGAUCUGGAAACGUAUCAGGUAACGCUUCCAAAGAAAAUCAAUCUGCUUCACCAAAUUACGAUCGUAAAAUUCAGGAGUCUGGCAGCAAUUCUUCAAAAGGCAAUAUGUCCUCUUCUAUAACUGGAGACUCUGGUUAUGGUAAAAGCUGGGCAAAAGAAGGUACCAAUGAUCUAGAUUCAAGCCAGGCUGGUCCAUCGAAAUCCAAAUCAUCCAGAAUGAAAAAUUCUUGUGACAGUAAUGAGGACAAUAUUACUUUUGCAUCUUGUUUUGCACUAACGGAAGAAACACUAAGUGCUCAUAAUAAAAUAAGUCAAAAACAAAUCAAACAACAGCGCAAGAAUACUUCACACAAGACAGCUAUCCCUAUUAAAGAAAACAGAGUCCAGCAAAAUGAUGUCGGGCAUUCGAAAAAUAAAAAGAACAACCGAAAUCAUAAUUUGACUUCUCAAACAAACACUCCCACCACUGCUACUGUUCACACAGGAUAUAGGUGCGCUGCUCCAAAUCCUGACCGAAGCAAUCAAGAUAAUUUUUCAACUUCCAUAACCAAUGCAAACAAUUCAUGCCUUCUCUCGCACAAUACUUGUCCUGGAUCUGGUCCUAUACCAACACCUUUCUUUGUUCCUGUUGUUUACAUGGGAAGUGUACCUUGUUUCCCUCCUGCUGUGAAUCCAUUUUGGUCUUAUACACCUACACCUAAUUCAGAGAACCAAAAUCUCCCUUUCAAUCCAGUUAUUAAUUUCCCAUUGACGCCAGGCUUUCCAUUUCCAACAAUGCCAACCUAUGUUGAAAAUCUAAACUGUAAUCAUCAUACUGUUCGCUCAUCUGGAGUCACCACUACUUCUCAUCAUAGCACAACUACUACUACAGUUGCAUCUGAAACAUCCACUACCUUUAAAAAUACUGUUGCUGGUAAAGAGUAUUCAGCAUACAAAAAAGAGAAUACAAAAAUGGCCAAAGCUGCACAAAACCAUAAACAAGAUAGUGAAGGCAUUGAAAGUGAUAUGCAAAUUGAUGAAUCAUUGUCAUCUUUUACAAAAAGCUCAUCACAGCAGUCACAAGACAAAGAUGAGGAUAUGGAUUUUGACGUGAAAAAAUUUUACGCUGCAUCCAGUUCUGACAAAAUAGAACUGAAUUCUGAAAUAGCUUUCAGAUAUCAAAUGAAUACAUCAAAUGUAGAUGAAGUAUUAAAAAAAGAUAGGGAAAUGUUGAAAUCAAUGCAACAACCAGAUCUUGUAAAUAAACAACUACAAAUGCUUCAGAAAGAAAUUAAAGAUGAAAAUGAAAGUAAACCUAAAAUUGAAGAUGGCUUUUGUAUAACUGAAGACAUAAUGCUUGGUUUAACAACAGAAGAGGCUGUAACUGAAGAGUUGGAAUACCGAGAGACAAGUCUUUUGCAGCUCAUGUGUGAUGAUUCUUAAACAUAUCCAAAAAUUUGGUAUUAGAACAGAUUGCUACCUUGAUAAAUGAUGUUGUCAAUUUUUCUGUGAGGCAUUUCGUUUAUCUUUUUGUAAAUAUACAAUUCAAAACGGUAUUGUGAACAAUGGAUAUACCUCUAUGUAGUAUUUAGUGUUUCCUUGUGUAAUAUAUUUUUACUGCAUUUAAUUCUUUGAAGGGUGAAAUUUAGUCUCUCUAAUGACCUAUGGGCGGGGGAUAGUGCCCUAUUGCUAGUAAGAGUUCAAUAUAUUUUUUCCCCUUUGUGCUCAAGUUAUGUUGUAAUGUGAUUGCUACUUCAGUUAUUCUAAAACAGUGUUUCCCAAAGUGUGGUACGUGUAUCCCUAGGCGUACGGGAGCAGUUGAGCGGGGGUACGCGUUCUUAUGCAAAAUAUCCUGCAACAAAAGAAAAUUUUAAUUUUUUUUAAUUUAACACAAAGCUAGCCAUGAAAAUUUACGAUGACAUAUUUUUCUAUUGGUUAUUUUUUGCAGAGUUAACAGUUAAUAAUUAGUGGUGUCUAGAGCCAGUUGUGAUUUUUAACUUUCGUGCAGUUUUUUUAUAGUAAUUUUUUUUUUUAUUAGUGGUACUCAGCAUUAUGAAAAAUUUUGGGAAACUCUGUUCUAAACCUUCUUCCUAUAAUCUUAAUUAUGUUGUAAAAUAAAAAACUUGGUGAGAAAAAAAAAUUAUUUUUAAAGUAAAAGAUCCAUACAUUUAGUUUUAAUAAACACCAAAUUGUUAUUUUUUUAUCCCAAAUUGGCUAAAAGGAAACAACAUUUAUAGGGCAAAAUGAAUGGUUACCACAAAACAUAGCAAAUGGCAAUUAAAAAAUUGUCAGCCAGAGUCCCCCAUCAGAUUACUACUUUUUUCAUCAAAAAUGAAUAUGUCCAUAUUCAUGCUUAUUAUUUUUUCUAAAUAAAUAUGGAAUUAUUAAUAUUUUUAAUUUAAAAUUACUUCACACUUGUUUCUUAAAAUUUUUCAUUUUAGAAAUAAGCCUUUUAAUUAAUGCUUGCCAUGUUUCGGGAAAUGUUUUAAAAUAAUUGUAGUGCAUUAUUAAUAUUAGUAGUUUUUACUAAUGAAAUAAAUAAUCCCAAGAAACUGAAGCUCUAAGAAUUACUUUAUUAAAACUUCAUUCGCUUCAAAAACUUACAAAUUGAAAAAAGCAGUGAGUUUCAAAAAAGUGCUUGGUAUCAAAAUUUCCUCAUUUUGCUCUAUAACACCCAUUCGCGACGUUGCUUUGUUGCAUCAUUAGUCAUUAAUAACUCUUUUGUAAUAUAAAGAUGUAAGAUAGUUCAUAUAUUCAUGUAUCUACAGAAUGAUUUUUAUAAAAAUUUCAGUAGGAAUUUUGUUUGUAAUACCUCUAUUGUUUGAUAAUUCUUACUCCAGAUUACCUAGGCUGUGGAAACUUAUGGAUAAUCUCAAACAGGUUAUUUUACAAUAGACUAAGUAAUAUGAGAAAGAAAUUGCUUUCAUAUGCUGUCAUAAAUAAAAAUUAACAAAUACAUAUUUGUGAUAUAACUUGCACACACACUAGUGUAUUAUUGAAUGAUUAUGAAAUGUCUUAUUUAAUAAUAUGUUAGUCAGUAUUCUUUUUCCUCUCUUCCAGAGAAUUUUUUUUCUUCUUUAAUAUUAAACUAAACACAGUAUUCUGUGAGAUUAUGAGAAUGAAUGAUUAACUCACUAACUAAGAACUUUUUUUUUGGCCUGAACUUCACAGACCAUUUUGUAAGCUGUUAUUAGAUUGAAAGUAACAAUACUAAUCUAGAAAUAAUUAGAAAAUGUUAGAACCUGAUUAAAAUAAUAUAAUUAGAACCUGACUAAAAGCUAAUUCUCACAAAAUUUAAUAUAAAAACAUUGAAGCUUAAAAUCACUAUGUAUUGUAUAGUUAAUGAUUCUCUUUUACUUUACUUUUUUUACAUAAUAAUGUUAAUGUGUGUUAAAUUUUAAAUGAAAUGUUAAAUAUUUAAUAUAUUAUAAUGUGCGCAUGCUCUGUGAUCAAUUAAACAAUGUCAAUUUUAGUAUACUUCUGGUCGUUUCUGAGGAUAACAUUUUGUAGAAUGAACUACAGUGUUCUUUGGAAAUAUCAUUUGUUGUUGUUAUAACUUUUUAAUAAAAUCAUAUUUUUUACAUA